AUGACUUUUAAGGUUUUCCGACAUGGCGAUCGAUCGCCUAUUGAAUCGUAUCCCAAGGAUCCUCAUGGGGAGGAAGUGUGGGCUCAGGGCUUCGGACAGCUCACUGAGCUGGGCAUGAAACAACAGUUUGAGCUGGGCAGCUUUCUAAGGAGGCGUUAUGGCAACUUUCUCAGCGAGGACUACGACAACAAAGAGUUAUACGUGAGGAGCACUGACUACGACCGCACUCUGAUGAGUGCCCAGGCCUGCCUUGCUGGGAUGUUCCCCCCAACCAGACGCAUGCCUCCCAUCAUGCCCCAGUUACUGUGGCGGCCCAUUCCAGUGCACACCAUCCCCAGGGCCCAAGACAAGCUGUUGAAGUCUCCAGGCAAAGACUGUCCAAGGUUCAGAGCACUGAUGACGGAGACCUUUGAAAGCGAGCACUACCAGAAGUUCCUAAGGGCUCACCAGUACUUUGUGGAGGGACUUUCUAACCACACUGGCUACCCCGUCUCCAAACUGGUUGGAAAAAAAAUAUGGAGGGUUUACGACACUCUUACCUGUCAGAGGAUCCAUAACUUGACUCUCCCACGCUGGGCCACCCAAGAUGUUGUGGACACCCUGAAGAGAAUUGCAUCAUUUGAGGUCAUGUACAGCAUCCUCAGUCACAAGCGAAAAGAGAAGGCCAGGCUCUCGGGAGGGGUGCUGCUCAAUGCCAUCCUGAGGAAUUUCUCCAGGGCCGUAGAGCAAGGGAGCACUCUCAAAUUCAUUAUGUACUCAGCCCACGACUCUACCCUCAUCACCCUCCAGGCAGCUCUGGACGUGUACAAUGGCCUUCUCCCUCCUUACGCUGCCUGUCAACUCUUUGAGUUCUACCAGGAGAAUGAUGGUUCUUAUUCUCUGGAGCUGUAUUACCGCAAUGACUCCAGGCACGACCCCUACCCCAACCCUGUGCCAGGAUGCAACGGGGUGAACCCCUGCCCUUUGCCCAUGUUCACUGAGCUGGUGCGGGACGUGGUGGCAGAACACUGGGAGGCCGAGUGCGAGUUUAGGACAAGAUUGUCAAGCACAGGGGUCAUAACAGCUCUUGCAGUGGCUGUGGGUGUCCUGGCAGUGGCACUGUUGUUCAGCAUAGGAGUGGCAAUCCACAGGAGGAGAGCACACUACUCCAGGGAGGUGUAGUGUGGACGACUGUCACAGAUGUGCCAAAAAUACAGA